UAUAUAUAUUCCCUCAACUAGAUGCGCCAUUAUAUUAUUUGUAACCAUUCCACUUUAUACGACACACUUUUUGAUGUUUGAGAGAGAAGAAGAAAAACAUGGAGCUUACUCAACAGGAUCUUUUAGAGGAAUUACUGGCUCCAAGGAGAGAAAGUUGGAGCACUUUUCAAAGUGGAGUAAAUGAAUUUUUCCCAAAUGGAUGGACUUUUGAAUCACCUUUUUAUCAAAAUCCAGAAUUUGUAGCCUUAAAUUCUUCACUUUUGGGCCUAAUCACACCCCCAGAAUCAAACUUUCAGUGUCCUUUGAUCACUUCACCAGAAUCCUAUCCAUUAAUUCUUGAUUCUUUCACUGCCCCAGAUAACAUUAAUGAGACAGUACUAUUGCCAUUUCAAAUACAAGAAGAGUACAACAACAGAGCCAUGGUUGAAAAUCAAGAAGAAGUUGGCAUUAUUUCUAGUGAUUUUCAUGGCUUGCAAGAAGACUUGAAUAGCUUCAGUACUAAUGAUGUCAAAGUUGAAGAAGCCAAUUCAAGAAUAAUGGGUGUUUCUAAUGUUGGAGAAAAGAAGAAUAAAGUUAAGAAACUUGAGGGACAGCCUUCAAAAAAUCUAAUGGCAGAGAGGAGGAGAAGAAAGAGACUCAAUGAUAGACUCUCCAUGCUUAGAUCCAUUGUUCCUAAGAUUAGUAAGAUGGACAGAACAUCUAUACUUGGGGACGCAAUUGAUUACAUGAAGGAGCUGUUAGAAAAAAUCCAUACAUUGCGUGAAGAUGAUAAUGUGAAAGACGAAAUUAAGGAUAUUAAAUUCGUAGGAAAUUUCAAGGAGUUAAAGCCAAAUGAAGCAGUUGUUAGAAAGCCUCCUAAGUUUGAGGUAGAAAGGAGAAAUGUGGACACCAGAAUCGAGAUCUGUUGCGCUGCAAAGCCAGGAUUGUUGUUGUCAACAGUGAGCACGCUAGAAGCACUUGGCCUUGAUGUACAACAAUGUGUUAUCAGCUGUUUCAGUGACUUCUCAUUGCAAGCUUCUUGUUCUGAGGCAAGGGAGCAUCGAACAAUUUUGAGCUCUGAAGACGUAAAGCAAACCUUGUUCAAAACAGCAGGUUAUGGUGGAAGAUGUCUUUAGAAGAUGAUAUGGAUGGACAAUAAGCCCCAAAAAGCUAAGGUCAAGGACAUUCUGUCUGUUGUUCAAGGAAUAUUGCAAUCUUUAAUAAUGUCGGUACUGGUGUUUCUCCAAUGUAAUUUUCUUGAUUCAUUUAUUAGAUCUGCUCUCUAUAUUAU